AUUUAGGAUAACAAUCAAAGAUUUGCCUCUUACCAUUUUUUCCUUUUUUUUUUUUUAGCAAAUUAUUACCUCCCAAUCCAAAGUCGCAGAAAAAAAUUGACUUCAUUUUUUCCCACGUUAAACCCUACUCCUCUCUCCUUUCUCUCUCUAAACACAACAAUGGCGUCUUUACUAAGGUGCCCAUGUCCUACAACUUCCUCUUCUUUCCUCCCUCUCUCACAAACCCCUUCAAUACCCUUCUUUAAUUCAUCUUCUCCAAAAUUCCCAGCUCGAAACUCCAUUAAAUGUGAUUUGGCUGAGCAAUUGAGAGUGGUGGAGAAUGGGAAACCCUCUUCUUCCCUCUAUUCCCGUACUUCUGGAGUGGAGCAGCAAUCAUACCCUUCUUUUAUGGCUUCUACCAAUUUGGAUAGUACUUUCAAUCGGAAUGAUACGCGGCUUCGGAUUUUCUCCGGUACCGCGAAUCCUGCUCUUGCUCAGGAAAUUGCAUGUUACAUGGGUCUCCAGCUUGGGAAAAUAAAAAUUAAACGUUUUGCUGAUGGUGAGAUUUAUGUUCAACUGCAAGAGAGUGUCAGAGGUUGUGACGUCUUUCUUGUUCAACCCACAUGUCCACCUGCUAAUGAGAAUCUUAUGGAACUUUUGAUAAUGAUUGAUGCUUGCCGAAGAGCAUCAGCCAAAAAUAUCACUGCAGUUAUACCUUAUUUUGGAUAUGCUAGGGCUGAUCGAAAGACUCAAGGACGUGAAUCAAUAGCAGCCAAACUUGUCGCCAACCUGAUAACGGAAGCAGGUGCCAAUCGAGUUCUUGCUUGUGAUCUUCAUUCUGGGCAGUCAAUGGGCUAUUUUGAUAUACCAGUAGAUCAUGUAUAUGGUCAGCCUGUGAUUCUUGAUUACCUGGCAAGCAAGACCAUAUGCUCGGAUGACUUAGUUGUCGUUUCACCAGAUGUUGGUGGAGUUGCCAGAGCUCGUGCUUUUGCAAAGAAAUUAUCUGAUGCACCACUUGCCAUAGUGGAUAAGAGGCGCCAUGGGCACAAUGUUGCGGAGGUAAUGAAUUUGAUCGGUGAUGUUAAGGGAAAAGUGGCUGUUAUGGUGGAUGAUAUGAUAGACACAGCUGGUACAAUUUCCAAAGGAGCAGCCCUCUUGCACCAAGAAGGAGCAAGGGAAGUCUAUGCAUGUAGUACACAUGCUGUCUUCAGCCCCCCUGCAAUCGAGAGGUUAUCCAGUGGUUUGUUUCAAGAAGUAAUAAUCACAAAUACUAUUCCCGUCUUGGAGAAAAAUUACUUCCCUCAGCUUACGAUAUUGUCAGUUGCAAACCUUUUGGGCGAGACCAUUUGGCGCGUACAUGAUGACUGUUCAGUCGGAUUUGAACCUUACUCAAGCUUGGGGAUUGAUUAAUGCGUUCUCGGAUUAAUAGUUGUCACCAUCUUGCCACUCGAAGCUAAUGUCAUAUGCCUACUGUAUUGAAGCAUUCUAGGGCUCCUCCUCUCUCGUGCUCUCCCUUCCAUGUGCAGUUGUAAAGCUUGUAAUACAAUUGUGAGUACUCAUUAUCCAUGUGAUGGUAGAAUAAGAAAUAGAUAUCAGGAACUUCAUAGAAUUUACCUCUUCUCCCUGUUUUUUUGGGAGCUCACCCACGUAUAACUGUAAGGCAAUUACUUGGUUAGUACUUAGUAUUGUGUUUGCAUUUUGCCCGCUUACAGGUGCUCCUUGGAGUUUUGUAUGUACAGAUUAUGUCUUUGGAUUUUGUAUAACUAAAGCAAUUCUUUUUACUA